CAAUGCAUGAACACACCGAUAUUUCUAAAAAGCACAAUUCGAGAUGUUUUAAAUAACGUCCGCCAAUACGCAACUUAAUCUACACAGCCACCAGAAAAAUAAAACGACCACCCCCACUGCAAACUUUGUGGUACAGUCCAGAAAAAUAACUGUUCAGAGGAUGUGGCGAGAGAAGAAGACGAGCGCUGCUCACAUGAGACGAGCAAAAAUAACAUCCAAAAUCCGUUUUAACCUUCAUCAACCUUAAUCUCCUUAUCAACUUAAGACACAUACUCCACUUUGCCUGUAUUCACUCUGCCUUUUAUUACAGGCAACAUGUUUUUUUUUUAUUGCGAAGGAAACAAAUGAGGCAGUUGAAGUGAUCGAAGCUAAUUUUUGCAGCACAAACCACCACAGCAGGUUUGGCCAACAAAUACAGGUUUACCAGGCAUCCUCCGUCCUCUCACCCCCUGUGACCGCCUCCCGCCGUCAACACUUCGGCAGCUCCUCUUCAAUACAGUGAGCCGAAGUCUGUGUUACAUGUGCUGGCCGGCAGAGAAACUGCUCCAGGAAACAGGGAGUUGUGUUGCCGUGCGCCUCUGGCUGCUGAAUCGGGGACUGGAAACUCGAUCUGCGCUAAAAAUAAAAAAACAUCACCAGCAUAGCAAGGGAGGAGUGUCCCAGUGUCACGGCGGCUGUUCGGAGGUGGACUCCAUGACUGAAGCUGUGGCCGGAGAAGGAUUCCUGCUCGGCUGCAUCUCCUGCAAAAGAAGAGAGGAGGUCUCUGCCCGAGCCACCGUGGACUGGCACUUCAAACCGCCGGGAGAGGAGGAGUUCAGACAUAUUUUCCACUAUGACCACCCCAGUGCCGACAUCCUCCACGAAGAUUUCAGCGACCGCCUGGAGUGGCACGGGACGCAGGACAGCGACAUUCAGACGGGGGCCAUUUACAUUCAUAACGUCACCUUCAAUGACACGGGAACGUACCUCUGUGAGAUCCACCGCACCAUCCUCCUGUCACAAUACGACGAGCACGUCACUGUGGAGAAGGAGGUGGAGCUCAGCGUGGUGGCUGUAGCCACUCGGGAGAUGACAGCGGUGGUCGCAGAGAUAAUGAUGUACGUGCUGAUCGUGGUCCUGCAGCUGUGGCUCAUUGUGACUCUGGUCUACUGUUACAAGAAGAUUUCGGAGGAGCACGAAGCCCGGGAGGCCCGUAAAGCCCUCAAGGCUCAGGCAGAGCUGCUAGAAUCAAAAGACAACUGUGACGGUGUGCAGAUAGAGUAACAUUACUGGUAAGAAGAUCGUCUCAGCGAGAGUCCAGCUCGACUCUCGAUUCUGCCAAAGUCACAAUUACUGUUGGGUGAUUUAAAAGCUGAUGGUGCAGGAGGCAGCAGGCGGGGGAGAUUUCUUUCAAAGAUUUCCUGUCAGUGAAACAUGCUGUCUAAGAUCUCCUGCGGGACUACUACAUGCUUGAAAGUUUGUAGAUUUGUAAAUAGGGCUCUCAGUGUAGCAGAUCCAGUGGAUGAUUAGUUUUGCUGUUGAAUAAUCCAUCACUUAUUUCAUAUAUUUAUGUUUAGUUUAUAAAAUGUAAGAUUGGAAAUAUUUUUUAAAUUUAACUUUGAAAGUAAGUUUGCCUAAAGUCCAAACAACAACAACUAAUUCUUGUUUUUAUUUUGCUAUAUUUGAAAAUUACAGGUAACAAUCUAGACUUAUUUUGACCAAGUAAGCAAACCAGAAUGAGAGUUUUUCAAUUUCAUUCAAAGGAAGAUUUCAUCGAUGAAUGAAGAUUCAGUCAUUGUCUGCUCGCCCUCAUGCCAGUGGAACUGGAGCGUCUCUGCAAAACAGCGUUGCAGCAUUCUCCUAAACAACUGAAGUAAACAGGGACUUGUUUUAAAAAUAUGAAGACAAACAGCUGGAAAAAAAAAGAAAAUUGUGAAGAUUUUCAAAUUCAAAACGGGUGUGAAUGAUGUCUUUUCAAAUACAUUUUUUGAUCUUGGACUUCUGGUCACUUACAAAUAAGCUGUAUGGAGACAUUUUUUCUUCUUUUGUUGUUUUUUUUCCCAUCUACUUCAGUUUAUUUGGAGAAUGCUACACGCUGUUUUGCUGUGAAGCUCCAGAAAUGUUUUAUGGACGACCUGAUUUUAACAUUUGGGGGAACUGCUCCUUUAAUUUAAUAUGACCCUCGAGGUAUCUGUGAAGUCUUAAUAAUUUGAGAUCUUAAUGUAAAAUUUUAAUGGGAAUCAUGACGCUGGCAUCACUCCCGAUCCAGCGUUAGUGUAUGUUUAGCAGCAUGUCUAAAUCUGAGCUUAUCUGUUUGUCACAGUUCACAUCUGUCCAAGUUUGUAAAGGAAAAUAAAGUAAAUCCUUUUGUAUAUUA